GCUUGAGCUCAGGCUCCGCGGGGUGAUGAGGACUGCCAGACGCGCCAGCAAUGUGGAGGUGCCCUCCUUCCUCCGCCAGCUGGUCAAAGAGACGGAGAAGAUGGUGACAUUCUUCUUCAAAGGUGGAUCUAGAGAAACGGGGUCUUCCGAGGAGGAUAAUUUGGAUGAGGAAGACGCCUUGCCGAGUCCCUAUCUGGAGCGCCCCAUCCUGGAGAAGCACAUGUCGGAAGGGGGCAAUGAUUUGGGACUGAACUAUGCGGUGGCGAGCAUGCAGGGCUGGAGGGCUCAGAUGGAGGACGCACAUACCUGCAUGUCUCAGCUGAGAGGAGAUCUGGAGGAUUGGGCCUACUUUGCGGUUUUUGAUGGACAUGCAGGCAUCACUGUCGCACAGUACUGCUCCAAAAACCUACUGGAUCACAUCCUGGCCACAGGUGGGAUCAAAGCAGAUGAAGAACCCGAACAGGUGAAGGAAGGGAUCCGUGAAGGUUUUCUCAAAAUUGACAGCCACAUGCACAAACUGUCUCGCGAGGACAGCUGGGACCGGAGCGGCACCACAGCAGCAGGCGUCUUGAUUUCCCCCCGUCACAUUUACUUCAUAAACUGCGGGGACUCGCGCACCCUGCUGUGCCACAACGGGCAGGUGGUCUUCUACACGGAAGACCACAAACCGUUCAACCCCAGAGAAAAGGAGAGGAUCCAGAACGCUGGGGGCUCCGUGACCCUGCAGAGAAUAAACGGCUCGCUGGCCGUUUCCAGAGCUCUUGGGGACUUUGACUUCAAGGAGGCGGACUGGAGGCCACAGACGGAGCAGCUGGUGUCGCCUGAGCCAGAGGUGUACGAGCUGGAGAGGACGCCAGAGGACGAGUUCCUGAUCCUGGCCUGCGAUGGUGUGUGGGAUGCCAUCGGGAAUGAGGAGCUCUGCGCCUUCGUGCGUAACCGCAUGCAGGUGUGCGACGACCUGAGAGACAUUUGUGCACAGGUCAUUGACCUUUGCCUCUAUAAGGGCAGUUUGGAUAACAUCAGCAUCAUCAUUGUGUGCUUCCCUGGCGCCCCCCAGGUGUCACAGGAGGCACUGCAGCAGGAGGCCGAGCUGGAGCACCAGAUUGAUGUGAAAGUGGAAGAAAUAAUCCAGAUGAUGAGGUCCAGAGAAGAGGACCCCGACCUCCUGUAUGUGAUCAAAUUCCUGGCAGCAGAAGAGAUGCCGGGACUCCCACCUGGAGGCGGAAUCACCAGCAAACGAGACUGUAUCAUCUCCUCAUAUCAGAAACAUGUCAUGGGCCUAAGGACUCAAGAGCCUAUGGACAUUGGCGGAUCAGAGGAAGACUCCAGCUAAAACAUCAACCAUGGAAACAGCUUCAUCGUCGCCAUGAAGACUAAGACGCUUAAAGAAGAACUAUAACUGUACAUUAGAAACAAUUUCAGAGGGAAAUAAUGUGUUAUAUCUGAGCAUGGUGUAAGAUAUGUGCUUGUUCAAUAAUUAAGAUGUGGUUUGCAUUAAACAGUCGGUGUGUUGUUGUG